UGAUAUACUAACCAGUAGUAAAGAACUAGCAGUGGCACCUCUCUCUCUCUCUCUCUCAAACUUGUCUCCGGCGCCGGUAGCAGUAUAUAUAUGGCAGCCUCAAAGAUGUUGCUAUUAUACUCACCAGCAUCAAAUUCCUUAUCACCCUCACGAUCUAACGGCCCCUUCAACUCAACACAUGAAAGAGCAAGAUCGUACGCUCCGAUCAAACUCUUGGGAAUGGCAAAAGAGAGCAGCGAAAGCGGCGGCAACGGUGUUAUAGAGAAAGCAGCAAUAGCAGGUGGGUUAGUGUCGACGCCAGUGAUAGGCUGGUCUCUCUACACGCUCAAGACAACAGGUUGCGGCCUCCCACCGGGGCCCGGGGGUUCAAUAGGUGCAUUAGAAGGCGUGAGCUAUUUAGUUGUUGUGGGAAUUGUAGCUUGGUCCUUGUACACCAAAACCAAAACUGGUUCUGGUCUUCCCAAUGGUCCUUUUGGGUUGUUGGGAGCUGUUGAGGGUCUCUCAUACUUGACAUUGCUCGCCAUUCUCGUAGUGUUCGGGUUGCAGUAUUUUGAGCAGGGUUAUAUCCCUGGCCCUCUCCCGGCGGACCAGUGCUUUGGCUGAUCUCUCUCUCUCUCUCUCUAAAGUGGAUAAUGUGGCAUGUAGGCCACUAUAAUUCUAUCUCUAGUCUGUGGUUACAUUUCUUCCAAGUUGUCAUGUUAUUUAUUUUUAUAAGUCAAUUGCCAUUUAUACACGCACACAUAUUUCUCGUCCUUGCGAUCUCUAUCUGAAUUUCUUGUUCCCCAAGUGGGUUCUUCUGCUAAUUGACUGUCCUCAUGUUUAUGUGGGGAAUAUUUCUCUUGGUAA